AGAUCUUUAUUUGAUACACUGGCCAGAUGCACAAGUUCCUGGAAAAAGUAAUCGUGAAGUCCGAGCUGAAACCUGGAGAGCCAUGGAGGAAUUAUAUGAGAAAGGCAUAUGUCGGUCUAUUGGUGUAAGCAAUUUUCUCAUUAAUCAUUUGGAGGAACUAAAGGAGGAUUGUAAGAUAACUCCUCAUGUUAAUCAGGUUGAAUAUCACCCUUUCCAACGGCCCCAAGAACUGGUGGAUUAUUGUAGAAGUAGAAACAUUGUUUUUGAAGGCUACUGCCCAUUAGCUAAAGGUGAAGCUCUUACUCAUCCUAAUAUAAUUCAGCUGGCAAAGAAAUAUGGCAAAACCCCUGCACAGAUCUGCAUACGUUGGAGCAUACAGAAUGGGGUUGUCACUAUUCCCAAAUCUACAAAAAUAGAAAGAGUACAGGAAAACUGUGAGGUGUUUGAUUUUAUAAUAACAGAAGACGAUGUUGCAAUGCUAAAUGGAAUGCAUGAUGGGCGGCAUGUUUCCUGGGAUCCAAGCUCUAUUGUAUAAAUUGCAAGGUUUUUGAUUUUAGUCUGAGAGAAGAAGAUCUGGAAAUUUUAAAUUCUUUGAACAUCAACAAAAAACUGAUUCACCUAACUUAUCCAUUGUGGAAAGGAUAACUUCAAACCAGGUUGUUCUAACCCGCAACAAAUGAAACACUAAUGAAUUUUGAACUUCACAAAACUAUUUCACAUCUAAAUUGUUCUCUAUUACCUUUAAAGUGCCUGUCAGUCACUUAUGAUGUUGACUAUUAUAUGCUCAAAGUGAAUUAAAUACAGCAUAGUUUUUGUCUCUCCGCUCUCUCACACA